ACCUCUCCGUCGAAUUUUAUUGACAGCUGACUUGACCAAUCAGCGAGUCGCUCUGACAGUAUGCGCACGCAUACUUUGACUGCAGUCACUUCCUUAGACAAACAAGCUUGUCUAAGUUUGGCUGGCGCGCUUUACGCAAUCGUUUCUAUCGGCCAACUUAUCCAGCAAAAAUGGUAAAGAGGUGCAGUCACGGUCUGUGCAAUAGUGAUGACAGGUACCCUGAACGACUAGGAGGCGGUGUCAAGUUCAUACCGUUUCCAAAACCGAAGACUGACUACGAGAAGUGCCUACGGUGGAUAAAACUUUGUGGACGACCGCAUAAUCAGCUCAAUCCGUCAAACAUCAACUGCAAUAGAUAUGUUUGCACAAAGCACUUCGUCAACAAUUUUCCAUGUGAGCAACAUCCAGACCCAUUACCUGCCAAUCACUUUGACAAGGCUGGACUAAGUAGGAAGCCCCCUACAAAAAGAAAGCCCACCCAUGAUGGAACUCAGAGAUUGGAGCCAACAGAAAAGAUAGCUAAAUCUGACAACCCAUCUUUACCUUCUGCCACUGCUGUGCAUACAAGUUCAACCGUGACAACUGAUUGUCAGACUGACUCAUGCUGGAUCGACCCAAUGGAUAUGAUAGUACUUAUUGCAGAGAAUGAGAGCCUGAAGAGAGAUCUGUCAAAAUGCAGUUUGGAGCUUAUAGAUGUCAAGAGAAAGCUGAAAGAUACUGAAGAGGAAUGUGAACAUUUAAAAAAGCAAAAAACAUUUACUUUUUCAAUUGAUGUUAUGUUGGAAGAUGCUAAGCUUAUUCGGUACUACACAGGCUUUAACAAAGAAACCUUCAUUGCCAUAUUUAGGUAUUUAGUUCCAGAUCCUCCAUCAUGUCCUCUUAGGUAUCUUGGGAAAGGAAAAUUGUCCAAAAUUAGGAAACUUUCCCUUGAAAAUCAGUUGUUUUUGACGCUUUGCAAACUGAGGAAUAAUUUUCACUUGCAGGAUUUGGCUUUUAGAUUUGCAAUUACUCAGCAAGUUGCAGGUGUUAUCUUCAAUUCCUGGAUAAAUUACAUGUUUCUCAGGUUUGGGGAGUUAAGCAUCUGGCCCCACAGAGAUGUCUUGUAUGAAAGGAUGCCAGAGGACUAUAGGAAAGAUUUUCCAAGUACAUUUCCUAUUGUUGACUGCACAGAAAUUAGAAUUGAAAAACCAUCUUCACUAAAUACCCAAACUCAAACGUACAGCAAUUACAAGUCCACUAACACAUUGAAGGCAUUAGUGGCUGUAGAUCCGAGAGGCUCAGUUAUUUUUUAUUUCUAUGCUGUUCUCAGGGGCAAUGUCAGACAAAGAAAUAUUUAAGCAGUCAGGUUUUCAGUCAACACUGAUUGAUCUUCUUGAGAUUGGUUAUCUGGAGGAGGGAGAUGGAAUUAUGGCAGAUAAGGGGUUUGAUAUUGAAGCAGAAGUAGAGAAAACAGGGCUUCGACUGAAUAUACCACCAUUUGCUAAGUCUGGUGUACAGAUGAGCCAAAAAGAUGUCAUCUUCACUCAGAAGAUUGCUGGGCACAGAGUACAUGUCGAAAGAGCUAUACGCAGAAUCAAAAGUUUCAAGAUUCUCAGUGGCCGCAUUCAGCUAUCAAUGAUGUCUGCAAUUGAUCAAAUUUGGUAUGUUUGCUCUUUUCUGACAAAUUUCAUGCCUCCUUGUAUCAGAAAGAAGUAAAUUGAGACACAGUACAUGUACCGUAUAUCGCUGUGUAUAAGGCGACCCCACGUAUAAGACGACCCCCCUGUACACGCCUUAAAAAUCAACCCAAAAUCCUAUACUCUGUGUAUAAGGCGACCGGGAAUGAAACACAUCACAAGUCUGACUGAUAUAGAAGAUUUAACGUGCGCUUUCCGACUGUAGCGUAUUUCGCACACGGACAUCACAAGUUAGUUUGUUAGUUAGUUACUUUUGAGAUUUACCGUGCGCUUUCCGACUGAUGCGUAUUUCGCACACAUCACGAGUGCGCACACAAACCUUAUAUAUGCAAUAAAAAUAUGUUUAUCUUGCGUUGGUUUUUUUCUACAAUGGUAGUUGUUUUUGCAACACUGCAAAAUUCUUUUUAGAACUAUCGUGUUAUCAGGCUAAAUUUGUGUUUGUACUGCAUACCAAGGUUCUGCUGUCACAUGUUUGUUAGCAUUGUUUGAGCUUGGGCCAAAGGUCAGAUUCACAGGUAGCAAUGUAAAAUUACAUAAUUUACAUAAUAAUAAUAAUAAAAUUCAAAAUUUAAUCAUGAUAAUACUUUUGUCAAAACUGAACCACUUGAACUAUAAUUUUAUGUGACCUGUCACCUAUUCAAUUACAUGAAGUGAUUUUAAUCCAAACUUCCUUUCGCCCAAACACAUGAAGUAAUUUUAAUUCCAGCUUUUCUUUUCUAGAUAGGACAUUGUCCCUGAUUUCAACUGAGCUUAUAAACAUGUAGCUUUAGCCCUUUUUACCAUGAUUUACUGUUACUAUAGUGUUAAAACCUGACAGUGUACAAUGGGACCUUGAUAAUGGUCACACCAUGUGAAAAACAUCCUCCAGUAAUAAUGAUAUAAAGUAAAAUUACUGUACAAAAUUCUGAAUUGCUGUAUUAGGAGUUUCACUAUAAUAGCAUCCUCAAUAUCUCCGGUGGCUACCCCUUAAUAACAAACAUGUUAAGGUUGGAUAUAUCCAGUCAUUUCCCAUUGAGUUACAACAUGCUUGGCAGGUAAAGGCUGUGGUCAAAUUCUAACAAACACUAAAACCAUUGCUAAACUUACAUGCGUUGACAAGCCACUGCCAACAGGGACUGGUCCAACAUGAGUGUGCACAGUUUUUGAGGGGUUGCAGACAAGGUAUCCUAUGGGAAGGUCUUUUAGGCCUUGAAGAUGUUGAAUAUCUGUCUCCUCGACCCGUACAUUUCUGUAACAUGUAAUUGUCUAUCUCACUUUCUUAAUCCAGAGAACUUAUUGUGCAAACAUGAAAGCUCACUUCCUUGUUGAAGUUUAUGCCGUUGAUGAAUUCAAAUGUGUCUUGUUGAACAUGUUAUACAUUUAAGAGUGAUAAGCAUGAUAAUUAUCAUAUUAUGGCAUCUAUUUCCAUUGAACAUGAUGAUUAUCAUUUAGUUUAUAUCAAUGUAUAUUUAGUUUAUAUAAUCAAAGUUUAUUUAGUUUAUGUAAAUGUUUAUGAUACAUGUCAUACCAGUGAAUUUUAUGUAUACAUUUGUUUGCUUUGAGCGAAAUAAGGAAAGCAUAAUUCAUGAAAUAAAUCAGUAUAAAUCAAG